AUGAUUAGGACCAUGUUUGCACACGCAAAGAAACAUCCUGGGUUAAUCCCUCAAUUUGUCUUCCUGACUGUGGGCAUCACAGGGGCCACUCUCUAUCUGAUCCGUCUGGCAAGAGGACCUCAUGUCACCCUGUGGGACAAGAAGAACAAUCCAGAGCCCUGGAACAAGCUUGACCCAUCAUACCAAUACAAGUUUGUGGCCAUCAACACAGACUACAAGAACCUGAAGAAAGAGGGCCCUGACUUCUAAAGGUCCUCCAGGCAACUCCGGGGGCACCGAGUUUGGCAGGACCUCCUGCUGUCGCCUCAGUGAUGCGAGACGUCUUCCUGAACAUUUCCUCAGAUUCACCUCAUGCACCACGACAGCAGCGCUGAAUUAACACUGUAA